UACACUGAAAGAGUAAAGGAAUAGAGAGUGACGAGAGCAAAGAAGAAAUAGUGUAAGGGGAUGGAUUUAUUCGGCUAGCAUGCCCCGCCCUGCGCUAAGUGUCCCUGCCAAGGAAACCCCACCACAGCUCACCGCCUACACAAUCCGCGUUUCAGCCCUCAACCCUCCUAGCCUUCAGGAACCUUUGUCUUUUGAACCCUCACUUCUUCAACUCCCUAGGUUCAUCGUGUACUGCAAUUCAACAGGCAGAAAUGACGGCUGCGAUUCCUCCAGGCGGCACCUUCUUCGAUACGCUCAAGAAGAGCUUCGUCGAUGUGCCGGUCGGUGCGGAGAACAAGGUCUCGACGACCGAGUUCCUGGAGGCCGCGGAGAGCUUGCUUACACUCUUCGAUGUGCUGGGCUCGGCGGCCUUCAAGCCUGUCAAGAGUGAUAUGAACGGGAACAUCAAGAAAAUCCGGGACAGACAGCUAGCCGCCCCGCAACUUUCAGAGACGCUGCAGGACCUCUGCCUCAACGAGCUCAAGGAGAAGAAGCACACCGCCACCGAAGGCCUACUAUGGCUCGUCCGUGGCCUCGACUUCACCGCCCAAGCACUCCGCCACAACAUGAGCAACCCCUCGACCGAGCUCUCCGCCUCGUUCCGCGACGCCUACGGCAACACACUCAAGCCGCACCACUCGUUCGUCAUCAAGCCCAUCUUCAGCGCCGCCAUGAGCGCCACACCGUACAGGAAGGACUUCUAUGCCAAGUUGGGCAGCGAUGAUGCGAAGGUGCAGGCGGAACUGGAGAAGUGGUUGAGUGCGCUAGAGAAGGUGGUGGGGAUCCUCAAGGAGUUUACAAAUAGUAAGGAGGCGAAAUGGUAGAGAGGGCGCGCGGCUGGACAGGGGUAUAUAUACAUAGAGGGGGCAAAGGAGGUAUGGCUUAGACUCCUCUUCUUGAAGCGGCAUUUCAUUUCUAGUCUUUUUCUGCUGCUGAGCAGUUAUUGGCAUGGUCCAAACCCGUUCGGAACACAAAAUCAAGGCAAUAGAACUCCAUGUGGAAGCAAAACUGGUACAAAAACGCAACGCAGCGGACCAGCAUAUUCCACGCAAACAAGAUCUUCAGCUAUCUAGGCAUUUC